UAUACUCAGCGGACCGGGAACGGUGAACCCUGCCUCCGGAUACUCUCGUUAAUGAAUUCGUCAUUUUUCACAUCAGAGGGGGUAAAGUUAUACGUGACCCAUGCAACACGGAAACUUCAAAUCGAAAUCCUCUGGAUCUUUACUUGUGUUUAAUACCUGGUAUUAGGUCGGAGGGGCCUUAGCUUCACUAUCUUGUUCCGCUGUUAAAUGUUUUCAUUCGACCGACUUUUUUAAAUGCUAUACAACUAGUUGAUUGUCAAAGUUUUCUUGUGUUUAUUUUGGCGAGAUUUAAAAUGUCAGUCACUUUUUAUCUCGUCUAGUUUCGGUUUCGUUUCGACAUUUUGUGUUGUGGAAUAGUGUUUGGCGGUGAAUCAAACAACUUAUUAUUGGAUUACAGUUUUGAUAACAGAACAAAAACUCAACCUGGAAUAAUGUGUAUGUCGACAUGAAAUUCUACGGAACUUAAUGGAUAUGUUAUGUUUAACGACGGAAAUUAAUCUCUAAUCACUAAUUUAUAAUUCCGCAACAACAAGUGUGUGUGCAUGUUCUUGGAUUUCUCAUCUCUUCACGACGAUGCAGAUUUUUGCAAUUGUGUUAGCGGUUCUUUACGAUUGGAUCCCCUUGUCGAGUGGGAAUGGCCUUGAUUCAGAAACUCCACCCUCUGUCGCCGCAGCCCUCGUAUACCCCCAACAGGCCCUUUUAGGAGAUAUUGUUACCCCAGAAUGUUGGAAUUUCACAAAUGGUGACCGUCUAAGAGCAGAGUUCUACAGUCCGAAUUAUCCCGAGGAGUACCCGAAUGACAUCGAAUGCACACAGUACCUGGAGGCCCAGCCGGGUUACCGCAUUCACGUGGAUUUCCGGGGGAGUUUCUCCGUAGAAAAGUCGGAGAAAUGUAAAUACGAUUUCCUUGAAUUCCGAGAUGGGCCCUUCUCCUACUCACCACUCAUCGGCAAAUAUUGUGGGAAGGAGUUCCCACCUCUCAUUCGGUCUACAACGCGUUUCAUAUGGAUACGCUUCAAAAGUGACAAAAACCUUGGUGACAAAGGUUUUAAGGCGAUCUACUCAUUUGUAAAGAAACAAGAUUAUAAUCCAAAGAGAGAAGAUGCAAAUGUUUGUCGGACGCUAGUCAACACCAUUGACCCUGAUGGGAUACUGAAAUCAUCAGAUUUCUCUAUUCAUAAUGACGAUGGUGGUCAGAGACAAGGACAUAGAGACUGCACGUGGGAAGUUCACGCGCAACCUGGGAGUAAGAUUCGCCUGUCCCACGUGUCAGCCUGGUUCCCAUUUCCCCAGGACUGUGGCGCAAACUACAUAGAGAUUUACGACAAAACGACGGCCUCCAGUGACAGAAUAUUCCACUACUGCAACGGACCACUUCCUGAGUUUGUGUCAGUCAGCAGCCGAGUGUUUAUCCGUCUCUAUGGCAACCAACAAGAGUCUUUACCCAGGAUAGAAGUUCAGUACUCUGUGUACAGGAAGGGAGUGACCGGAUAUUCAUCCAGUUCAGAUGACAAGUGCGCCAGCCCCGGGGAGUUUUUCUGUGACAAGUGGUGUAUCAGCAGUGGACUUGUCUGUAAUGGCCGAAGUAACUGUCCACACGGCGAGGACGAACAACACUGUAAACAGGAAGUCGUUGCGGAGGUGAAGGAAAUACCGCUACACAUGAUAAUCCUGGGGGCAGUGGUGGGCGUCAUAGGUACGGGACUUCUCAUCGGAGGAUGUUUGACAUGGCGGGCGAAACGUCAGCAGAAGCGAAAAGACAAAGAGGCACAAUUACAACAAGCCAAGCUCAAGGACACGAAUAUGGAGAUGACCAGCAAUAGUUCUAGUACCACUCUCUCCAGUAAAAAGGGAGGCAGCUAUCCUCCUCCCUAUUACUCGCUCCCCAGACCCCACGUCAAGAAUCAGGGCAUGAAUAGAGAGUACACACACAGGAACAGCCUAACCAACUCACUACAGUCGCCCUCCGAGGGAGAGUACCCGGACCAAAACUCGGACCCCGGAAAUUACAAAAAAUACAUGGUUAUGGACCAGUACAUGGAAGAAGAUUCAAGUCCAUGUCCGUCUGUUUAUAACCAAGGGCCUCCUGUGCUCACCACUAUUGUAGAGCGACACGAUAUCCCACCGCACACCCCAGACAUCGACCCCACAUACGGCUGGGGCGGAUACGGGUGGCGGCAACCACGUUCAGAACCUCGGUCGCCCAUGUCUCCACCCACGCUCAGUGAAAAUAUAGCUAAAUUAAAGCAAUAUACGAUCCCCAAGAACCAGCAAGGAUAUCAGCCAGAGAACAAGAUGUAUAACCCAGAAACAAGAUAUGAGAUAUAUCCAGAAACAAAAUUCCAAAUUGGAAAGGAAUUCAAAAUGAAAUAUGGCAUGAUGCCGGAUACGGAAAUGAUGUUAGAACAGCAAAGGUUGGGAAAGGAGUUCACAGCCAAGUACGGAACUCAGUCUGAUGACAUGGAAAAACAAAAAAUGAAACAGUUUAAAAUGAGAAGUCAGCAUCCCGAUAUAACCCGUGAUAUCGAGGUCACGUGAGUCUUUAUUGAUUACAUUUAGCAUACAAAGACUUGAAAGUGAAGUGUUCGGAAGCGUCCCGCGCUCACAUUGAAGGUUCAAGGGAAGCGCGUUUCGUUCUAACAGAGAGUGACCAAAGUUCUUGCGGUAUACAGCGCGAAUGAAACUAUGGAGAUCAAGAAUAGUCAUAGAUAUGCACGAAAUCGGAUGACAUAGAUGUGGACAAAGAAUACCAACUCAAAUGCUUGACUGACAUAAAAUACCCCACGAAAUAUGUCAGGAUAAGGUAGUAGGAUGGGAAGUAACGUCUAUAUCGUUUACUAAGUGUUGACCAAUAACUCAUAAUAAAUGAUAUUUGGAAGAAGGAAACAUUAUACAACCGUUUGAGAUACAAACUGUCGAAACGAUCUGUUCACCGGUAGCGGAUCCAAACUGUUCACCGGUAACCGAUAAAGUGUUCGCUUGUAUACCGAUUCAAACUGUUCAUCUAUGAUCGAAACGAUCUGUUCACCGGUUACCGAUACAAAUUCGCUGGUAUACCGAUUCAAAUUGUUCAUCUAUGAUCGAAACGAUCUGUUCACCGGUUACCGAUACAAACUGUUCGCCGGUGAUUGAUAGAAACUGUUAGCCGGUAUACCAAUAAAAACUGCUCACCCAUGAUCUAUACAAACUGUUAAACCAGGAACCGAUACAAACUUCGCCGGUAUAACGAUAAAAACUGUUCACCAAUGAUCAAUACGAUCUGUUCACCGGAAACGGGUAAAAGAUGUUCCCGGUGGUUAAUAAAAACUGUUCACCUUUGAUCGAUACAAGCUGUUAAACGGGAACCGAUAUUAACUGUUCAGUGGUAUAUAUACCAAUACAAACUGUUCACCGAUGACUGAUACAAACUGUUAACCGGUAUACCGAUACAAUCUGUUCACCGGUAAAUGGCCAGUUGGUGCAUCACAUGAUUAUUGUUGGGACAACAUCGUAUGAUUAACUACGUCGAAGUUGCAAGACAUUGUUUGUUUUGUUUCAAUGCAACUGUGUUCAGUUGUGAUUUUGGCUGUAAAGAGUGCUACAGAAAGUGGACCAGAACAGAGCCCAUGACUUUGUCGUAUUACAUUAAACUCACGUGGAAUCUGUGCGAUCGACAUGUUUGGAUAUCGCAUCUAGUCUAUACGUCCGACAUGAUGUGCCUUUAAACCAUUUUGGUUUUUUUUUCAUCAAUUUAGUCCAUAUGACUGUGCAGAUGUCAUUGUUUAUUUUCAGUUUUAUAUCUACAUUUUCAUUAAGAACAAAUCUCAUGGCUAACCAUUUAGCGAUUUGAUCGUAACGAAAGCGCCUAAAUAUAUUUUUCUGAAUGAAUUUAUAUAACCAAACAUAGCAAUGAUACACAGAACAACACUAGGAGAAAGGGACUCUUCGCAUUCCAUACUCAUAAUCUCGACCAUUAUUAAGGAUGUUGUAGAUGCGGGCGACUGCACGACGUUUUAGUUAAGUAUCUGCAUAGUCCAGUUUGGACUAAAAUGCUACGUUUGUCCGAUCAUUCGAUAAAGGGCAUCUAUAUCCUGUAUACGUCAGUAUCCUCCGUUCUUCGUGAUGUACGUUGGACUGUUAUCUAAUCGUAGCUGCAUUCUGACUCUACGGACAAUUUAGGUAUCAAAUGGCUAAAAUAAGACAAAAGACCUAUUGUGUUACGCUAGUUAUAGUGCUGCUAGCUCUGUGAGAAGUGCCUUGACAUUUGUGUUUUGUAUAUUUGCUCAUGUGUGUUGUAUUUAUGGCUCAGGAAUCCAUUUAUUGUCCUAUUUAUUUAUUUUAAUAUUCGUAAAAUCCGGUUUAACGUCGAGAACAAAUAAUUAUUGUCUAUAUUAUGUUUUAAUUCGAAACAUAUACCGAAGGAGGUAUAUUUCAAAAACAGAAUUAUUUACACAUUUCAACUCUAUUACUGCCAUGGUAUAUGAUAGGUUCUUAGUUAUCAAAUUAAACACUGCAUGAGUCAUUGGUUUUUCAAAUUAAACCAUAUGUUUAUAGAGUUAACAACAUCGACAAAACAGCAAGUUCAUAAAGUUUUGUAAUGAGUUGAAAAAUGUGAUUAUGAGUGGUAUAAUGUUUGAUGGAGGUAAUUUAUUUUGUCUGUGUGUUUGUGGAGGUGAAUGCAAUGUGUUAUUUGUAUAUAAAACGGCAUUGCUUAUGUCAUUGAAUCAGUAAUUGAAAUAAAGUAAAUAUACUA